GCUCAGAAAUCUGAAAGCUGCCAGAACUGGAUCUAAAGCUAUUACAGUGAUGUGGAAACGUGGAAACAAAUUGAAACAAUAUUAUGUGCCUCAGAACCGUUUCGUUGCAUUUCUGGUUGUGUCUGUGACAUUGGUUACCGUUGUUUUCGUAUUGUUGUUUCGCAACACUGAUCAAAAGCCAACUUCAGUACUUGGACUUCGAAUGGAAAAAUGGAACAGCUUUGAGUUAUCGGUGCAACUAUCUCAGACUGUAGAGUUCCGGAAUGGAACAGAUUUAAUAUGGCAAAUACCAGAUUCACCUAAAGCAGUCCUCUUUCUGGCUCAUGGCUGUGAUGGUAGAGCUGCUAACUUUUGGGACAAGUCUUCUACCUGCCCAAACUGCGUUGGUUUGCCAGAAGAAAGACUAAUUGCUCUUCAUGCUCUUGCUCGAAAGUUUGCUGUUCUUACCAUAUCAAGUAGAGGGAGGUGCUGGGCUUUCGGGAAGGAAAUGAUUACUGUUAAGGAUAUUAUAACAUGGUGGGUUAAGAAAAACAAGCUUGAGAAACUUCCUCUUGUGGCUUUGGGUGCCUCUUCUGGGGGAUACUUUGUCUCUGUGCUCGCCACCGAGUUAAAGUUCAGUAGUAUUACACUUAUGAUUGCUGAAGGGAUGUUUGAUCAAAUAGAUAUAAAUGAGAACUAUCCUCCUACACUAUUUGUGCACAUGCCUAAAGAUCAAUUUAGGCAGAGAAAGAUAGCCGGGUAUAUGGAAGUUUUGAAAAAUAAUGGUGUUGAUGUUGGAGAGAUCAAGUGCAUGGAGUUUCCCUUGACACCAUAUGUCUUGGCUAAUAGAAUCCCAGGUCUUGAUCAGUCUGUUUCUGCUAAGCUCUUUGAACUCUUCCGCCAUGAGGGAUUUAUUGAUGAGAAUGGAUAUAUGAAGAAUGAUGGCCGCAGAACACAUUGGAAAGAAGCUGCAAGAAAGAGUAAUAUCAUUUCUCCAGACAAGCAGCUAGCCCAUUACAUCCAGGAGGAGUUAAAUCUUGCAUUCGCAUUCCAUGAAAUGACAAGCUUACACUCUGACAAGAUCUUCAAAUGGUUUGAAUCUCAUAUGAGGUGACUGAUUGUCAAUUUUCUUGUCCUCUGCCUUGACCAGUGUUGUGAAUCGGCUAGAAUCUGCAGUAAAUGACACACGCUGCUUAUUUUCUAAAUUUUUGUUCAUGGUGGAAACUGGGAAGGGAUUUGAAACAAUGCAUGUUAAGUUAUCUAUUGUAUCGAUCAGUGAUGAAGUCAACUUGACGAAAAUGUGCAUUGCAUUAGCUCAUCAAGCUUGAAAGGUAGCAUACUGAAGACUGACAUUUUUAGGUGAAGUUUUACUGUCCUUGAGAAGAAGAACAAUAAUACAAUAUCAUGUGCAAACGAAUUUUUCUCUUUACAUGAUGUGGAAAUAAGAAUGAUAUAUAAAGUGGUUCCUGUUCAAUAUGAUAUUGCUCUUUUGCUUUGUC